AUGGCAGGCCCCGGGGGCGCCGCCCUGGACGAGCUGUCCCGCAACUUCACGUACGGGGCGCCGGGCGCUGGCAACGGCUCCCUGUCGGGCGCCUGGUACCGCCGCAACCAGUUUCACCUUUAUGGAGUUUUGCUGGCUGUUUUAGGAAACUUGGUCAUCAGCAUUUCCCUGAAUAUUCAGAAAUACUCUCAUCUUCAGGCGGCGGCGCGCCAGGAGCACGCCAGGCCGCCCGUCAGGAGCGCGCUGUGGUGGGGAGGGGCGCUCCUCAUGGCCCUGGGAGAGGCAGGCAACUUCGCGGCCUACGGACUGGCCCCCGUCACUCUCGUCGCUCCACUAGGCUGCAUGUCGGUUACAGGUAGUGCCUUUAUUUCUGUUAUGUUUCUGAAAGAAAAUUUGAGAGCCUCCGAUGUACUAGGUAUGACACUGGCCUUUGCAGGGUCCUAUUUGUUGGUGAACUUUGCUCCAAACAUAUCCCAGGCUAUCUCUGGAAGAACAGUGAAGAAUUACUUUGUUGGCUGGCAGUUCCUGGUCUAUGUGAUUUCAGAAAUACUAAUUUUCUGCGUUCUCCUAUAUUUCUAUAAAAGAAAAGGGAUGACGCACAUUGCGAUUCUACUAACCCUGGUGGCACUUCUAGCCUCAUUGACUGUUAUUUCCGUGAAAGCUGUCUCAGGCAUGAUCACUUUUUCUGUGACGGAUAAGAUACAGCUAACGUAUCCCAUCUUCUAUAUAAUGCUUAUCAUCAUGAUUGCAUCUUGUGCUUUCCAAGUCAAGUUCCUGAGUCAAGCCACGAAACUCUACAGUACAGUGGCGGUGGUGCCCGUGAACCACAUUUUAUUUACAACCAGUGCCAUUAUUGCAGGCAUCAUAUUUUAUAAGGAAUUCCUGGGUGCGGCUUUUCUCGCUAUGUUUAUAUAUUUUUUUGGGUGUUCUCUGUCAUUCCUGGGUGUGUUUUUGGUCACGAGACAUCGAGGGAAGGAACAUCUGCCACAGUCUUACAUUGACCUGGGGACUAUUCCCGGGAAACAAACGCUGGAUAAAAUACAACCAGAUUCAAACGGUUUAUCCCGUGGAACCCUGCCUGAUGGAAGUGACUCAACGAAGAGCCCAAGUGGAGAGAAGAAAGAGGUCUAA